AUGUACACAUACAAUGAGGAUUGGGAAAGAGAUGCCUGGUUAGAUGGGAACGAGGAGGUUAUUGAUGAACAUGGCCAGCCUGACAUGUGCAGUGAUCAGAGAAAUUGUGCCAAAUGGGCUGUGGCGACCUGGCGAUUGGCCCACAAGAUUAAGUCCAUUACAAAGAAGGGUGGUGAGCUGAAGGGAGGAUGGCAAACGACCCUUGCACCCGAGUCCUAUGAGGGCUUCAAACGGACUAUUUUUGGCUUUACAAGAACAAUGCUGGCGGUCUCGUGCAGACAAGCCCCGGCCCCACUUGUUUGCCUCAGAUUUUAUUGGCACGAAUGGUUUCGCUAA